AUGGAUAGACCUGAGGACGAGCGUCGAUCAAGAAGGGCUCUUCUUGAUCGGCCUGCCCCAAACGGAACGCUGCCUCCAACAUCUCUCCCGUUAUACAGGAGAAAGCUCGAGAAGCAGAAGAUUCAAGUUGUGCCACACAUGCUUCCGGCAACGCUUCCAUCUCAAGACGGAUCAUUUGAUGUGGUCUUUGCCAGGUUCUCCUUGCACUACUUCAACGACACGGCCCUCGCAAGCAUCUUCGCAGAUGUCAACCGCAUCCUGCGUCCUGAAGGUAGCUUGGUGUUCAUGGUAAAGACCGCCGAAAACCUGGGAUAUGCCACUGGCAAAGUGCUACGCCCCGCGAAUGGGAGGAAGGGGUGGCAUGCUCUUCUGCAGGAGGCAGGUUUUCGUGUGGAGGUGCAAGAGCGAGACAAGAGGAGCAAUGCAGGCGAGGGUAAUUACAAGCGCUAA